AUGGCUGGCCCUCAAUAUGUCUAUCCAGCAUUCGGCACUUCAUUGACAACCAAGUUCAACUGGUCUGCUCUGGAAAACAGUCUUGUCAGCACUGCCAGCUUCGUCGGUGUCUCCUUCUCAGGCCCAUUGUGUGCAUGGAUGGUCGAACACUUGGGCAUUCGAGGAACAUUGCGUGUGUCGGGACUUUUGGCAUUUACUGGUCCAUUCCUGUUGGCACAAACUUAUGCGGGUCGGCUCCCUAGUCACUUUGUUCUUUGUGCGAUUUAUCUCGCUUGUCUAGGCAUUGCCGGCGCUGCUGCUUAUCUAUGCGCACUUGAUUCUCAAUCGCACAAUUUCAAGGCACACCGAGGCAUGAGUAUGGGCCUCACCAGCGCCAGCCUGGGCCUCUGUGGAGUUGUCUUUUCUCAGGUCAACGAUAACAUUUUCUCCACCCCGGAUGAUGGCGACGACGCCUAUGGUUUACUCAUAUUCAUGGCGUUCGCCAUGUCGGGCGGCAUGGCGAUCGGCGCCUUUGUUUUGGGCCCGCUCGUUGCGAGUGAUAUUCCGCCCGUUAAGAAUACUACUAAGAAUGAUGAAGAACACCAGCCAUUACUUCAAGAUCAUCAACAACAACAGCGUUAUAACAACAAUAACAACGACUCACUUGCUACCAUUACUGUCGGUGAUGAUACUGAUCAAAACAGUAUCGCAGCAAGCGAUACCAGCGGCCGUGAAUUAUCCAGUAUGGAAUUCUUUUGCCAUCCUGCCGGUUUUGCAUUGUUUGUCGCCCUCUUUGUCGUUCUCGGUCUGGGUUAUGUGUACCUCGCCAGCGUCGGUCAAAUCUUAUUGGCAUUGCCUGCAGUCGGCAGCGCCUCACCACAACAUUUACGAAACGUUCAUGUGUCGGUGUUUAGUUUGGCCAAUUGUUCAGCCCGUGCGGCGUUCGGUACGUUGAGCGAUGUGCUCAAGAGUCGUUGGGGUGUUCAUCGUCUGUGGGUGUUUGUCGGUGCGACUGUUGGAUUAUUGGCUAGCAUGGUCUAUCUCAUCACCUGCGUGUCGACAGCUGAGGCCCUUCUGCCGUGUACUGUAGCCAUGGCUGUCAUGUAUGGCACUGUAUUUGGAGUUGCCCCGGCGGCAACCACUGAAUUCGGCACUCAGGUAAGGCGCGCGCGUGUAGCUUGA